AUGCUGCUGAUCAUUGAAGCUCUUAUCAUUUUUGCUGCUCUAGGACAGGAUCACAGCGCUGCUGCUGCUGCUGAAGGACAGAUAUAUCAAAUGGAUAUGGCACUGGAUUCAGUUGAUGAUCAAUAUAUGGCCUGUGGAAAGAAAAUGGCAUAUCUGGUGAGGAAUAAAUAUCUAAAGAAGGAAAUCAAUAACUCAACUGAAUUUAAAAAGGCGUGGCAAGAAGGUGAAGAGAAUGCCAGAGCGCCAGAAGAUAAAUUGACAAAGAAUCAUUCUAUUGCCUUGUAUGUGUACACUAACCUUAAUUCUAGCAUAUAUAGCAAUUUUGAUAUGGCUGUUUAUAAUGGUAAACAAAACUACAGAAACCAGACAUUCAAAUGGUAUUCACUUCAAUUUUUGUUAACAGAUGCAAUAAAGAUAUUGACUAAAAAACAAAAGAAAUGCAAGUCAACAUAUCGUGGUACAAAAGCUGAAUUUUAUAAGAAUGUCACAGGCACAGAGGUUCGUUUCGGUUCAUUUGCUUCAUCCUCUCUUGAUCGUAAAGUAGCACAGGGUUUUGGAACUAAAUCUUGUUUUGAAAUCAAAACUUGCAAAGGUGUUAAUGUGAUCAAAUAUUCUAAGUAUCCUGAACAGAAAGAGGUGCUGAUUCCUCCAAAUGAGAAGUUUAAAGUCACUGCUGUCAAGACAAGAAAAGACCAGAAAAAUCUCUGGUGUGAGACAGUGUACAAGUUGGAAAGCUCUGGAGAAAGAAGUGAACUGAAUUGUUCAGUGGCUUUCGAGAAAUCAGCGGUGUCUAAAUGCAGAUGCUCAAAGGCAAAGGGCAGUUGCACAAUGUAUAUGAUAUCACGGUGAAGCUUCUUUGAAACUACAAUCUGUAUUGUAUAAAUAAAUAUAUAAAAGUACUAUAUACAUAAAGGUGACAAUAAUGUAUCCAACCAUUCAGUGUGAGGGCUUUUUCUAGGGCGGAACGAAAAUGAAAGGAUAACAAUUGAG